UCAGGCACUUUGCCAGCACAGGACAAACCCUCCCAGAGGCAGUCGGAGAGCACAAACUGCAGCCCCUCCAGGAAGAGAUCAGCAUCUGAGAGCACCUCUUCUACAGGGGUUGGGGUGCCCACCCGGGGCACGCGGCUGUCUCCAGCCGCCGAGGACUCCGUGGACACCCUACUACAACGCAUGGCUCAGCAGGACAGCCAAGCCACCCUGGACAAGACCCUGGAAGCUGUCAUGGCCAACGUGUCUGUCCCCCCGUCGGCGAGUCCCGCUCGGAACCACUCGAGGGAGAGAGCUGUGGGGAAACAGGACAGCCUGGGGCCUCCAGCCAUGCCCAGCAGCGACGGCAUGUCCCUCCUGCCGGACAGGCUGCCCAGCACCUACUCCCCACGGCACCUCAAGAGGAGUGUGGUGGAGGCCAUGCAGCGCCAGGCGAGGAAAAUGUGCAAUUAUAACAAGAUCUUGGCUACAAAAAAAAAUCUGGACCACGUCAAUAAGAUCUUGAAAGCCAAGAAGCUUCAGAGACAGUCGCGUACGGGAAACAACUUCGUGAAGCGUCGGCCGGGGAGGCCGCGCAAGUACCCGCUGCAGGCUGUGGUGUCCAUGCAGGCCUUCCAGGCUGCCAGGCUCGUGGGCCAGGAGCUGGACAGCAGGGAGCAGGGCAGCAGCCCCCUGCACCUGGGCCCUGACACCAUCACGGAUGUCAUCGAGGCCGUGGUGCAGAGUGUGAACCUCGGCUCGGAUCACCGCAAGGGCUGGAAGAGGAAGAGGUGGUUGUCGGAGGAACAGGCGAGGAAGAGGCACAAGUCGUUGCCUGAAGAGGAGCAGGAGAGCAAUAAGAGUUUCUCUGAGACAGUAGCUGAACCUCCCAGUCCACAGGAUGCCCUUGGGAAACCACCUGAACCUGAACCCCCUGAGCAGCCUCUGCCUCCUCUGGCCCAGCGGGAGAAGAAAGCCCCUCGACCCCCAAAGAAGAAGUACCAGAAGGCAGGACUCUACUCUGAUGUGUACAAAACCACAGACCCCAAGAGUCGCCUCAUCCAGCUGAAGAAGGAGAAGUUGGAAUACACCCCUGGGGAGCACGAGCACGGCCUGUUCCCAGCCCCUAUCCAUGUUGGAAAGUACCUCAGACAAAAGAGAAUUGACUUCCAGCUGCCUUACGACAUCCUCUGGCAGUGGAAACACAACCAGUUGUACAAAAAGCCAGAUGUCCCUCUCUAUAAAAAAAUCCGUUCUAAUGUCUACGUGGAUGUCAAACCUCUCUCUGGCUAUGAGGCCACCACCUGCAACUGUAAGAAACCAGAGGAUGACAGUGGGAAGGGCUGUGUGGAGGAUUGUCUGAACAGGAUGAUCUUUGCUGAGUGUUCCCCCAACACGUGUCCCUGUGGGGACCAGUGCUGCAAUCAGCGCAUCCAGCGGCACGAGUGGGUGCAGUGCCUGGAGCGAUUCCGAGCCGAGGAGAAGGGAUGGGGCAUCCGCACCAAGGAGCCACUGAAGGCUGGACAGUUCAUCAUCGAGUACCUGGGAGAGGUUGUCAGUGAGCAGGAGUUCAGGAACAGGAUGAUUGAGCAGUACCACAACCACAGUGACCAUUACUGCCUGAACCUGGACAGUGGGAUGGUCAUCGACAGCUACCGCAUGGGCAACGAGGCACGUUUCAUCAACCACAGCUGCAACCCCAACUGUGAGAUGCAGAAAUGGUCUGUCAAUGGUGUGUACAGGAUUGGGCUCUAUGCACUCAAGGACAUGCCUGCAGGGACUGAGCUCACCUAUGACUACAACUUCCAUUCCUUCAAUGUUGAAAAACAGCAACUGUGCAAAUGUGGCUUUGACAAGUGCAGAGGGAUAAUUGGGGGGAAAAGCCAACGCAUGAAUGGACUUUCAAGCAAAACCAACCAGGCUGUGAGCACCCACAGGAGGCCUGGGCGGUCGAAAGAGAAGAGGAAGUCAAAGCACAAACUAAAGAAGAGAAGGGGCCACAUCCCUGAGGAACCCAGUGAGAGUGUGAACACCCCAACUAGGCUGACACCUCAGCUGCAGAUGAAACCCAUGUCUAACAGGGAGAGGAAUUUUGUGCUAAAACACCACGUGUUUUUGGUACGAAACUGGGAGAAGAUUCGACAGAAACAGGAGGAGGUGAAGCACGUGAGUGACAACAUGCACAGCACGUCGCUCUACACGCGCUGGAACGGCAUCUGCCGUGACGACGGCAACAUCAAGUCAGACGUGUUCAUGACCCAGUUCUCAGCCCUGCAGACCUCCCGCUCGGUGCGGACGCGGCGCUUGGCUGCGGCCGAGGAGAACAUUGAGGUGGCUCGAGCUGCAAGGCUGGCACAGAUCUUCAAGGAAAUCUGUGACAGCAUCAUCUCCUAUAAAGAUUCCUCCAGGCAGGCCCUUGCAGCUCCUCUCCUGAACCUGCCCCCAAAGAAGAAGAAUGCAGACUAUUACGAGAAGAUCUCUGAUCCCUUGGACCUUGCCACGAUUGAGAAGCAGAUCCUGACUGGUUACUACAAGACUGUGGAAGCCUUUGAUGGGGACAUGCUGAAGGUCUUCAGGAACGCUGAGAAAUACUACGGCAGGAAAUCUCCCACGGGGCGAGACGUGUGUCGCCUGCGCAAAGCUUACUACAACGCGCGGCACGAGGCCUCGGCCCAGAUCGACGAGAUCGUGGGCGAGACGGGCAGCGAGGCCGACAGCAGCGAGACCUCCGUCUGCGAGAAGGACAGCGGCCACGAGAAGGACGAGGACGUCAUCCGCUGCAUCUGCGGCCUCUACAAGGACGAGGGGCUCAUGAUCCAGUGUGAAAAGUGCAUGGUCUGGCAGCACUGUGACUGUAUGGGUGUGAAUUCAGAUGUUGAGCACUACCUGUGUGAGCAGUGUGAGCCUCGAGCUGUCAACAGGGAAGUGCCCAUGAUCCCUCGUCCCCACUAUGCCCAGCCUGGCUGUGUUUACUACAUCUGCUUGCUGAGGGAUGACCUGCUGCUGCGUCAAGGUGACUGUGUUUACCUGAUGAGGGACAGCCGCAGGACGCCUGACGGACACCCCGUGCGGCAGUCGUAUCGCCUGCUGUCCCACAUCAACAGGGACAAGCUCGACAUCUUCCGCAUCGAGAAGCUCUGGAAGAACGAGAAGGAGGAGAGAUUUGCCUUUGGCCACCACUAUUUCCGUCCACAUGAAACGCAUCAUUCCCCGUCGCGGAAGUUCUACCACAACGAGCUGUUCCGGGUGCCCCUGUACGAGAUCAUCCCCUUGGAGGCUGUGGUGGGAACCUGCUGUGUGCUUGACCUCUACACCUACUGCAAAGGGAGGCCCAAGGGGGUGAAGGAGCAGGACGUGUACAUCUGUGACUAUCGCCUGGACAAAUCUGCUCACCUCUUCUACAAGAUCCACCGGAACCGUUACCCCGUGUGCACCAAGCCCUACGCCUUCGACCACUUCCCCAAGAAACUCACUCCCAAGAGGGACUUCUCACCUCAUUAUGUGCCAGACAACUACAAGAGGAAUGGAGGCAGGUCAUCCUGGAAAUCAGAUCGCUCAAAACCACAGAUCAAAGACUUAAACCCAGAAGAGGAUUCCCUGCCCCUGAUGGAGGAUGUGUUGGGAGCCCCAGAGCAGGCCCAGGGGGAGCUGCCCAGCCUGGAGGAGCCUGACAAGGAGCCUGUGGCCAGCGAGGGCUGCGAGGCUGACAAGAAGGGGGAGGAGAGCCCUGCGGACACGAGGCAGCUGUGCAGCCCCGAGGAGAGGAGGCACCUGCAGAGGGAGAGGCUGAACCAGAUCCUGCUCAACCUGCUCGAGAAAAUCCCAGGGAAAAACG